UACUACUCUAUAUGAAACUAUUUGUGGGCGUCCACAUGUGCUUCACCGUGACCCGCCGUAGUGCCCCUGAGACCAUCGACCGUGGCCCGUCACCUUCCUCCCUCCCCCCACCCCCCCACACCACCACCACACACACACACUCGCACCCGCCGCAGAUAUCUCGCCAUGCCGGCCCAGGGCCGCAGCCCGUCACCUUCCUCCCCCCGCACCCGCCGUGACAGCCGCCUCCCCACGCCCGCUUACCCGACUGGCCGCACAAGAUGCCCACAGUGGCCCCCAUCGCGCCCACCCGCUCCCCCCAUCCACCGCGACCUCAGCCGCCACGCCGACGCCAUCCCCGUCCUCUAGCGCGUUGUCGCCGUCGUCACACCGCCAAAGGUGCCUGCCCCCUGCUACCGAGGUCGACGACCAGCAGCGGCAAGCUGCCGAGCUCGACGACACGCACGCCAUGCUUGGCCAUAUGGACGAGUCCAUCGCCUGCUACGAGAAGGGGCUCCAGAUCCAGAUGUCCGCGCUCGAUGAGCGCAAUCCCUGCCUCCCUGAGACCUGCAGGUAGGUGACAAUGUCAUCAAGGGCCCCUCCCCCUUUGUCGCUUCUCGAUCUAGAUCUCGCCUCUCCCUAAAGCACGGGUUGCACCUCCCCCCGUCACCCACUCCUUCCUUGGCUUCUCCCGGGAAACGACCUUCAGUCUUUACAGGUAUGAGGUCUUAUUGUGUGCCAUCAUUUUCUUUUGCUAUUCAUUCCCGAAUCCCCACUGUGCCCUCCAGUGAUGAUGGGGUAUGAGCUCUGAAUAACAAACAAGGUAAAUGUUUACUCUUUUGAGUAGCUGAAUUUUGCUAUGAUGUAGUAAAUUAUACUAGUAAAUUAUACUUGUACUGAAUAUGAAUAUAAGAAAAAAAUACUGCACUAAUUAUUUUUCUACGCUCUAUAUUGUAAAAUAAUAGGAAUAUAAUAAAAAGCUGACAUAAAAGCUAAUUUACAACAUCCCUUUAUUUUACUAUGUUUUAUGAUAAAUACCUUGAUUUUCCUUGUAAGUUGUAUCUUUUAGUGAUUUUCAAAGAAACUCCUAUUUGCUUGGUGCUUUUUCUGUAAGCAUAUGUUGAUUAAAUCUUUGUGUAUUCUUUCUGUACACUAAUUUAACUUAUCAUUAUUCUGUCAUCCAGUAUGUUGUCUUAUUUGAAUGGUUCAUUUCCUUCUUUAGGUGAUUGACAAGGUUUAGGAGGAAACUUCCAAAAGCCGGUCAAGUAUGGAGUGCUUAACAUCACUUUGGCAACUUAUAUUUUUUUACAUGUUUGCUUUGUUUGUUAACAACAUAAUUUAUGGGCUGACAAUGUGAUCAUGUAUUCUUUCUGGUAGUCUUCGUGUCACUGCUUGCAGUUGCAGGGGAGGGAUCAUGGCUUUCUUUUAUUUUCCAUGUGCAAUGUUUAAUUUAGGUGAUGAACUCCAAAGCUUAUCCCAUUGUUUUCUAGCAAGAGCUAAGCAAUACUGGAUGGAGAACAUUUAUCUUUUUAAUAACGAGUAAAAGCAUAAUGGCAUGCUUGUGUUUAGUUCUCUGUUUGUUGACCAAUCGCUAUAUUUAAUCUUGAUUUUUUUUAUCUAUAACUUGAAUUUCAAAGAUUCAAUAUUUUUUAUUCAGACAUUUUCUCUUCUCUAGAUAUUCUUUUAUGCAAAUAACGCGGUUACACUAGAUCAGCCAACAUUCUGGGAAAUAAGCUAUAUGGUCAGAGUAAGAGGUUCAAGAGUUGAUAGUUCAACAACUUUAACUGAGAGCAAAUCUACAAGAAAAAGGAAACAAGCAACCUGGAACCUACAACUGCAGGAGCUUGCUUGAAAGUGAACAAUCAAGGUUGUGUGUAUAUAUUAUGCCCGACAUUUUUGAAGGAUAUUGCGAGGGCCAUUGUAUCUGCUGGAAAAAUCAUUUCAACUUGUCGAACAUGGUAUUAGGAUACGAAUUGGAGUGGUCAACAGAAAUUCUGGACAGAUAUGUCAAAUUUCAGAAUCCACGAUGGUCCUCCAAGAAAUAAAGAUGCUCUUGAUCAUCUAUUGAGAAGUGGAAUACUAAUUUUUUGCUGCAGCGUGAUGGAUAAAGGUUUUUGCGUAUUCUUGGGUUUUUUUCCUUUCCUUUUUGGCUACACACAACUCUUUUUAAAUAUACAUUCAGUAGGUGGCAAUGCCUCCUAUUUCCCUAAAAAUAUAGCGCCAAAGAGUUCAAAAUUGAAUUCUCAUAAUCUGCUAUUAGGAAAAGAGGUCAACUUCUAUAUUUUUUACAUCAGGUAAUUUGGCUAUAAUACAACGGCAUGCUGAGGUCAACUUCUGUAUUUUUUUCUGCAAGUAACUUGGCUAUAAUACAGCGGCAUGCUCCAUUCUGAAGCUGGUCAAGAAAUAAAUAUAGCACUUGCAAUAUUUUCCAGUAGUCAAACCUCUCCAUUACUUCAAUUCUCGUUCUCAUUUUUGACUAUGUUCUUCAUGUCAGUUCAACAUAAUAAUUAAGAGGUCGCUUGCCCCUGAGACGGCUUCAUGGUAUUUUAUUUGUUUUUUACAAAGUAUUUUUUAAGCGCUAAACUUACAGUGCACUUUCUCUAUUCGUUUUGGUGCUGCUUAUAAGUCUUUUGUGUUUUAGAUCCAUCGAAGAUGGCGCUUAAUCUCGAGAGCUAGGGAGAUGAAAUGCCUUUUGUACAUGAUGGAAGGAAACAAAUUACGUACAUGUAUAUGUGGAUCGAAUUGACUGUUGCAUUCUGCCUGUAUUUAAGCAACGGUUUCCACCCAAAACGUCUAUAAUUUGGUCCUUCCUAGAUGUGUCAAAUGUGUUUACUGCACUGCGUUUGCUUUUGUGGCAGCGCCCUAAUAGUUGUUUAUAAAGUCUGAUGUUAACAAACUAUUGUCAUGCUAUGUAAUAUAUAGUCUUAACAUGUUGGUUUGUUGAGUGUUCGAAUAUCAGUUUUAUAUUAUUAUGUCAGGUGUUAUUAGUGUUCAAUUUUUUAAGUUCUUGUUGUACAUCCUAUCAUUACAUGAGACAAUGUUGUGAUGUUUACAAUAUUGUGUUAUGUAUGUUAUAUCAUUUUGGUAUUAUAGUAUAAUUUAAUUUGUAUCAGUUUAGUUCUGUAUUGGUUGUUGCCAAAAAAAAUUAUGAGAUAUUAAGGUCGAUAAUAAUGUUCGUUUUUAUAUAAUCGUUUUGCACUAAUAUUUUGUUAAUUUUUUUGUAUACCGUUGCAACGCACGGGCACCUAACUAGUAUGAGACUAUGAGUACAUCAAGUGCAUUCCCUUAGAACUCUUGUUGUGUAAAAAAAUGUGUAACAUGUCUUGGUACAGAGAUUAAUUUGGUUUGUGUUUUUUAGACUGCAAUUAUAUCUGGGUUCUCAGCCUUGCCAUGGUUAGUCAAGCCCCUCUAUGAUUUUAUCAGUUGAUUCAGGUGGUUGAUUAUAUGGUGGUUCAGAGAGCUCGAGGUGAAUCACAGAGUACAUAUAGAUCUCUCCACUCCAGUCACUAUGUUGGGAAUCCUCAGCCUUUGGAGGAAUCAUGAGUGCAUACUUCAGUGGUUCUCCAGUCACUUAUGGCGUAAGAUUUGUCUUUGGUGUUACAGCACUUUUGCCACUGUUCCGAGUAGCAGAGAAGGACAACUCUGGCAAACUGUGAAGAAAAUAAAAGAUUUUCACAAGCGGAAUCUUCAGAAUCUGAAUAAAGGAGUUCGUGGGAAUCAGUUGUACCAAAAACUGGUUCAGUUUUCGUAUUCCAAGCAUACUACUGGAAGUUCACACUGAUCGGCGACAAACUCUCGCCCAAGGAGAAGUUGAAGGAGGAUCAGCGUGAACACCCACUGAAAGAGAGAUGGAGUUGAAUGAGAAAUCUGAAAAGAAUACGCAAGAGGUAGAUGAGAAGUUCCAAAACACAAACUUGUAUCUCAAGAACUUAGAGAUGGAGCUUCGGGAGUUACAAGUGCUUCAUAAGCAAUCAGAUAGAUCUGAAAGUUUUACUGUGCCAACACAUGCACACACUGGUGGUGCCUGCAUCUAGCUAUUCAGAUCAAAGCCUGACAGGUACCAUAGGGCAAAGUGAAGAAGAAACAGAAGAGUUGAGCAAGAUCACGCUAGAGAAUAAGGAUAUUCAGCUUGAUAUCAAUAUAAGAGUGUUUGAUGGAGCCGACCCUAUGGAGCUGCAUGUUUAUGAUUUUAAAGGACCUGGUGUAACCUUAUCAAUGUACAAUAGCGAUGAGUUUAUUAGGCCUUUUGCUAAGUCCUCCAUGGAUAUGGCUCUUUCAAAAAAGUCGUCUCUUCAUCUCAGCACCAAGAAUACAAUCAUCAAGAAGUAUGACGACAGGCAUGGAUCAUCUAUGUUUCUACAAGCUCGCGGUCACAUUUAUUAGGCCUUUUGCUAAGUUCAUGGAUAUGGCUCUUUCAAAAAAGUCGUCUCUUCAUCUCAGCACCAAGAAUACAAUCAUCAAGAAGUAUGACGACAUGCAUGGAUCAUCUAUGUUUCUACAAGCUCGCGUUACAAUGGAAUGCUAAGAGACAAAUAGUUAAAGAACUGCUUUAACCUACCUUGAUGGAGAGGGGAGAAUGCAUCGUGUUAGCAAGGGAGCACCAGAGCAGAUCCUUCAUCUUGCCCACAACAAGUCAGAUAUUGAAAGAAGGGUCAGAGCUGUGAUUGACAAAUUUGCUGAGCGUGGUCUGUGAGCACUUGGUGUGGCUUACCAGGAAGUGUCGGGGACCAUAAUUAAGGGUACCCCUAAGACUCCUAAUCUCAGCUGGUAACCUCCAUCAGCACAAAGCUGCAAAGGCCUGAUGGGCGUGAUUAAGCUCAAGGCUCAGUCCACUCAAGGGACACGUUCUCGCCUCGCCCGAGCCCAGCCUCGGGCAAAGGCAGCCUACCCCGGAGGAUUCACGUCUCGCCCGAGGGCCCCCUCAAGCGACGGACACACCUUCGGCUCGCCCGAGGCCCAGUCUUCGCGGAGAAGCAACCUUGGCCAGAUCGCCACGCCAACCGACCGUAUCGCAGGAGCAUUUAAUGCAAGGAUCGACUGACACAUUAUCCUGACGCGCGCUCCUCAGUCGACAGAGCCGAAGUGACCGCAGUCACUUCGCCGCUCCACUGACCGACCUGACAGGAAAACAGUGCCGCCUGCCCCGCUCCGACUGCUGUGGCACUCGACAGAGUGAGGCUGACAGCAGCUAAGUCCAGCCUCGGGCGCCAUGGAAGCUCCGCCUCGCCCGACCCAGGGCUCGGACUCAGCCUCGGCCUCGGAAGACGGUCUCCGCCUCGCCCGACCCUAGGGCUCGGACUCAGCCUCGGCCUCGGAAGACGGACUCCGCCUCGCCCGACCCCAGGGCUCGGACUCAGCCUCGGCCUCGGAAGACGGUCUCCGCCUCGUCCGACCCAGGGCUCGGACUCAGCCUCGACCCCGGAAGACGAACUCCGCCUCGCCCGACCCCAGGGCUCGGACUCAGCCUCGACAUCGGAAGACGAAAUCCGCCUCGCCCGACCCCAGGGCCCAGACUCAACCUCGACCUCGGAGGAGCCUCCGCCUCGCCCGACCUCGGGCUCGGACCCGCCACGUCACAGGGAAGGCCUUCAUUACCCUACCCCUAGCUAUCUCAGGCUACGGGGAACAAGACCGGCGUCCCAUCUGGCUCGCCCCGGUAAACAAGUAAUGAUGACACCCCGUGUGCUCCAUGACGACGACGGCUCUCAGCCCCUUACGGAAGCAAGGAGACGUCAGCAAGGAUCCGACAGCCCCGACAGCUGUACUUCCACAAGGCUCAAGCACUCCUAUGACGGCCACGACAUCACAUGAACAGGGCACCAAAACCUCUCCGGCUGUCACGACGACAUGUACUUAGGGCUUUAGCUCCUCUCUGCUAGACACGUUAGCACACUGCUACACCCCCCAUUGUACACCUGGGCCCUCUCCUUACGCCUAUAAAAGGAAGGUCCAGGGCUCUCGUACGAGAAGGUUGGCCGCGCGGGAGAACGAGCUGGCGGACAGUCUCUCUCUCUCCCUCUCUCCCUCUCUCACUCUCCCACGCGGACGCUUGUAACCCCCCUACUGCAAGCGCACCCGACCUGGGCGCAGGACAACACGAAGGCCGCGGGUUUCCCCUUUGCUGUUUCUCACCCCCCUUUGUGCUCCGUCUCGCGCCGACCCAUCUGGGCUGGGACACGCGGCGACAAUUUACUCGUCGGUCCAGGGACCCCCCGGAGUCGAAACGCCGACAGGAAGUGCCAGAUGGUAGGAAAGAGAGUCCUGGAGGACCAUGGCAGUUCAUUGGGCUCUUGCCUCCUUUUGACCCCCCGCGCCAUGAUAGUGCAGAAACUAUCAGAAGGGCACUCAAUCUUGGUGUCAAUGUCAAGAUGAUUACAGGUGAUCAACUUGCUAUUGGGAAAGAAACUGCACGUCGUUUGGGAAUGGGUACUAAUAUGUACCCUUCCUCUGCUUUACUCAGACAGAAUAAGGAUGAGUCAAUUGCUUCCUUGCCAAUUGAUGAAUUGAUCGAGAAGGCUGAUGGCUUUGCUGGUGUCUUUCCAGAACACAAGUAUGAGAUCGUGAAAGGCUUGCAAGCAAGAAAACAUAUAUGUGGCAUGACUGGGGAUGGUGUAAAUGAUGCCCCAGCUUUGAAGAAGGCUGAUAUUGGUAUUGCAGUAGCAGACUCUACUGAUGCAACUCGUAGUGCUUCUGACAUUGUCCUAACUGAACCUGGCCUUAGUGUGAUUAUUAGUGCUGUGCUGACGAGUCGGGCAAUUUUCCAAAGGAUGAAGAAUUACACGAUCUAUGCUGUAUCGAUUACCAUCCGUAUUGUGCUUGGUUUUAUGCUUCUUGCGCUGAUAUGGAAGUUUGACUUCCCACCAUUUAUGGUCCUGAUCAUUGCCAUCCUCAAUGACGGUACCAUUAUGACUAUCUCGAAGGACAGAGUAAAACCAUCUCCACAACCAGACAGUUGGAAGUUAGCUGAGAUUUUUGCAACUGGAGUAGUUCUUGGUGGUUAUUUGGCCAUGAUGACUGUCAUUUUCUUCUGGGCUGCAUACAAGACUGACUUUUUCCCGCGGCUGUUCCACGUCGAAAGCCUCGAGAAGACCGCCCAGGAUGACUUUCAGAAGUUCGCCUCUGCCGUGUACCUUCAAGUCAGCACGGUCAGUCAGGCCCUUAUCUUCGUGACACGGUCGCGCAGCUGGUCGUUUGUGGAGCGUCCUGGGUUCUUGCUGGUCUUCGCUUUCUUGGUGGCUAAGCUGAUUGCCACUCUGAUCGCUGUAUAUGCCAACUGGGCGUUCACUGCGAUCAAGGGCAUUGGAUGGGGCUGGGCCGGUGUCAUCUGGCUCUAUAACAUCGUCUUCUACUUCCCGCUGGACAUCAUCAAGUUCCUCAUCCGCUAUGCGCUGAGUGGGAGGGCAUGGAACCUCGUCCUUGAGCAGAGGAUUGCGUUCACGAGCAAGAAGAAUUUCGGCACGGAAGAAAGGGAGCGCAAGUGGGCGCAUGCGCAGAGGACUCUCCAUGGGCUCCAGCCGCCAGAAGCAUCCAUCUUCGAGAACAAGACGACAUUCAAUGAGCUGAACCAGCUCGCGGAAGAGGCCCGCAGGAGAGCCGAGAUGGCGAGGUUGCGAGAAGUGAGCACCCUGAAGGGGAGGAUGGAGUCAGUGGUGAAGCAGAAGGGUCUGGACAUCUAGACCAUCCAGCAGUCCUACACUGUGUGACUGACUGACUGACGACGACGGGGUUUAUAGAGGUUUCUUCUUAUACUAUACAAUCUGUACUAGGUAGCAAUAAGGAUCAAGGAAGGAACCCCUAUAUAUUGGCUGCGGUUCGCAGGAAAUGAAUGAUGGUAAUAUUUAUGAUGUCGGUGUGGUGCUUCUGUCGCCAACUCUCGACCAUACUACCCUCAACUCACCCCCGGCACCACCGGCAGGCAUUGAUAUUCAGAGAUGAGGUAUAGUAGUCUGUAGCCUCUAGUAGAUGCUGAUGAAUUGAUGAUAUAGUACAUUUUUGCUUGCUUUCUUGCUUGUUUGUUGUUUUCCUUGGUUC